AUGCUUACCUAUGAAAGGAUAGUGGGGGAAUAAGAAGUGACUUCUUUUGGUGUUCCCCACCUCUAAGACCUGUUAGCCUCAUGCCCCUGAUCCAAGUGCCUGUCAUACCGCGAUUUGAAACUGGCUAUUGAAGGGGCAGAUACCACAUUAUCUGAGAGCUUAUUCCACGGGUCUAUAACUCUAAUGGCAAACCAGUUUCCCUUCAUGGUGGUUCGCCAAUGGUCUGGUUUACUCAGCUUGUAGGAGUGGCCCCGCAGUCGCACUCACGGUCAACGGCACUGCCCAUACACUCAGUCCACCCUGGCGGGGACCUCACCAAUGACCUCCAUGAAAACAGGGUCCCAGACAAGCCAGUUGGUCUGAAGGCCGUGGCGCUGACUGACCACAUCAGGGUGUGCUGGCAGCCCCCCGCACAGCACAAUGUGCUGCUGUGCGGCUACACCAUUGCCUGGGACCGAGGCGUGGCGGACAUCUACUCCAAGAUCGUGGACAGCAAGCAGCACGGUUACAUCAUUGAUAAGUUGGAACCCAACAUGGAGUUUGUGAUAAGCCUGCGAGCCUUCAACAACGUGGGUGACGGGCAACCGGUGUACCAGCAAGUCCGCACCCAGCCAGAGGAGGAGGAGGUGGUGGCACCCACGCUGGACCCGGCGGUGUGGGUGAAGGCCGUGGUGCUGACGCCCUUCACCGUGGUGCUGCAGUGGGCAGACACCAUGCUGAGCCAGAACCAGUACAACAGCUGCACCACCUUCUCGUCCUCAUCCUCCAGCCGCUACGUCAACGCCACGGAUGUGACCUGCCUCAUUGACAGCCUCAAGCCAUCAACAGUGUGUUUGGCGUGAGUCCCCCUAUAGCCUGGUGGCCUCCAACACCCUGCUGGUGGCCUGACCGUCCUGGCCCUCCCUGGCCAGCCGUCCACCACCACCUUCACCCGGCAGCCGCUGCAGCGGAACAAUGGGAGGAUCACAGGCUACGUGAUAUUCCUCACCACGGACCAAACUGUCGGUGACUGGGUGACGGGGGAAGUGACGGGGGACUGGCUCACCCUCACCGUCCAUGGACUGACGCCUUCAAGGAAGUAUUUGCACAAGAUGCACUCUCACAAUGUCAAAGGUUUUGGUCCAUUCUCCUCCGUGGAAAGCUUCACGACUUCCAGCUGUUGACAAGAGCAUCGGUGAGCCCCCAGGCUGGUGUGUGGAGCGAGAGGCCUGAUUGUGCUGGUGAUCGCUGGCGUGGCAGGAGCCAUGACCAGCUGGGGGCCUUCUUGGCCACCACACUGUACUGCC